AUGGAAAAGUUGGCUGAAUGGGGAGCAAGUGCUCUGGACCACGCAGGUGUUAACACUGCGUGGAAUGCCCCUCGUGACAUCCACACGCUGUUUCUGCUGCGCAUGAUCAGGCUGUAUGGGUACAGUGGCGUCUCGCUGAUUCUGGCCUACUACCUCACACAAGUAGGCAUUGAUACGGCUAUCGUGGGUUUCUACAUGACAUGCUUUUUACUGGGUGAUAUGGUGGUCAGUUUUCUCCUCAGUGCAAAAGCAGACUCGUUUGGAAGAGCACAUACCCAUAUGAUUGGAUCGGGGGUCAUGGCUAUCACAGGCUUAAUUUUUGCCUUCUCCUCAAACCCCACCGUCUUGCUAGUGACAGGAAUAGUAGGCUUUAUAACGCCCGGCGGGGGUGAAGUUGGCCCAUUCAGAAACGUGGAGUUCGCCUCGAUAGCCAAUCUUUCCACUUUGGACGAACGCUCGGACUACUACACCUGGUAUUCUCUCCUCGGCAUAAUGGCUUUUGCAAUUGGAUCUAUAAUUAACGGCUGGACGAUGACCAUUCUUAUUAAGCACUUUGGCUGGACAAAACAGGAAGCCUGCAAAUCCGUGUUUCUAGUACAAUGUUUGACCUCUUUACUGUGUAUGUGGACUGCUACCAAGUUGAGCUCUCGCAUAGAGGUAGCAUUUUCACGUCCUAGGAGCCACGCAUUGGAUUCUUCGGGGUCGCUCAUUUCUGAUGACGAAGACGAAAAUUCCGAAUCACUUAGAAUUUCUGAUCCGAAGGAACCUCCAGCCUCUUCCAUGCUGUUUGGAUCCAAGAACUUUUGGACUGUCAUCCGAAUCUCGUUCUUCUAUACCGUGGACGCUUUUUCCAAAUCUAUGGUCACUGAUGGUUGGGUCUCAUUUUACCUUAUUCAAAAGUUUUCAGCUGACCCAGCCCAACUGGGAGUGAUCUUUUUCAUGGCAAAUGCCCUCUCUGCAGUUCUUUCCGUCGUGGGAACUGCUCUGUGUAAGAAAUACGGCCCUUUGGUAUCACUCAUCAUCACGCAUGUUCCCUCGACGAUUCUUGUUAUGUUCGUACCCAUGCCCGAGACUUUGCUUCUUACGGUAAUUAUUCUUCUUCUGAGAGGCGCUUUCAAAGCCAUGGAUAUGGGAUCAAAAAACGUGUUUGUAAGUGCUGUGGUUCCACCUGAAGAGCGGUCUGGAGCCAUUGCGUGGAGCAAUAUGGCAAGAACCGUGGGACAAGGUCUUGCUCCACCAAUAACCGGGUUUUUGACUGGAAUUGGUUAUCAAUGGACUACGUUUGUAGCCAGUGGUCUACUGCGGUUUUUUGUGUAUGAACUUGGGAUGGUUCUGAGUUUCUGGGCGAUUCGCCAUGAGUUAGAGGAAAAGAAGCGAUAA